AUGUCCCCGGUCUCUCGCGAGCCGGUGGAUCUCAACGUCAUCUGCGCCAGAGGUGUCCUCCAGGAGGGGUGUGGGGUGGAGGCAGCACGGCCCCAGCCUGAGGCCACCUCGUGCCUGGUGGUGGUCCUGGUGGUAGUCCUGGUGGUGGUCCUGGCACUGCUGUGUGCCGAGCACACUAGACUGGAGCUGGGAGGGCAGCACCGGAAUGGACGGUACUCGGCCACAGGACUGGACCAGCUGCAGCAGCCUCAGCUGAGGCGGGGGGGAGACUAUAUUGGCCUCAGACUUCGGGAAAAUGAAUUUGACCCAAGAGGAAGAAGGCAGCCCACCUUUCUUGAUGACAUGGCGCACUACGACCUGGCCGUCAGCGCUGCGUCUCAAUGGCUGAAUCACUCAGAAGACCUAGCUUGGCUGGAGUGGAAGGAAGGGAAAAUGCCAUUUCGUGGCAGACCCAUAUAUCCAAACCACAGAGAACGAGAAGCAAUGAUUUUAUCAUCUUACGCUGGACUCUUAAUGAACAGUAUCCCAAUUGAGGAAGUCUUUAAAAUUUAUGGGGCUGAUUCUUCUGCCAAUUCUGGUGCUACCAAGGCCCCGGGGGCUCCCUUCCGCCGCUCCCUGCACCCUUUCGCCGUGUUAACAGCGCCCAAGGCCGCGGAACACGCCCGCAGACAGAGUGUCAAGUUAAGAAGGGGAGCAAAGAGUCAAAACGCCUCCAGCAGCUCUGCAAGGGAAGCAAAUGCCACGGAUCGGAAAUCAUCAAAGAACUUAUCUUUGGACACACGGCCAAAGAACAAAGUCACUUAGAAACUUGGAGUUGCACCGUGGGAGUUCUUGACAAAGUCUCUGGGAGAGGAAGAGAAACAUCACCUUAAAGCUGCAA